CGCGUAAUACUAUAGAGAAUCGAAGGGACUAGAUUGGAGGAUAGGUGCGGAGAAAUCGCGAGAGACCGGCAAGUGCGAACGGCAGGGGUUGGACAAGUGCGCGUUGCUAACGCGGAUCGAAGGAACGAGCUGGUGGUAGGGUAGGAGGGUUUCGCGUCUGCGCUUUCACCAUCCAUCCGACCACCCAUCUGCCACUACUCGAGUUACCUUAUGAUUCUUGACAAAUUCGAUAUUUCGAAGGAAAUUUAUGUUCCGCGCGGGCGGCUUGUUCGAAAUGCGGUUAAAAAGAUUUGCCAGCACGGAAACGAACCGCUCCUUCGACGAAAUUCCAUGCGAACUACAAAGGCGAUCGAUAAAAGAAGGAACGAUGAACGUUCGAACUAAUUCGUCUCGGCUUUUAACGUCUUGUCGUUGAGUCUAACCGAUUCAUUUAACCCCCUUCGUGUUUCUCUAGGCAAGACGCCUCGCCAAAAAUCUAGAUAUUUUUUAAAUUACUUUUGUCGUUGCACUUUGAAGACUUGCGUCUUCAAAAAGAAAAAAAGAAAGAGAGAGAGAGAGAGAGAGAGAGAGAGAGAGAGAAAAGAGGAAAAGAAAAAAAGCAAUAAAGAAACAAAUCUAUAUAUUGAAAAGAUUGUAAAAGGAUUGCGGUCGAGAAUUUUGAAAUUGGCGCGCGAAAGCGAGCCCUCAGCUCCGGGCAGAGGGACUCCGCCGCAAGUAAAAGGGAUGGGAGUAAGGAGUAAAAGUAGUAAGGAAAGCGUAUAGACCGACAGGCAAGUAGGAAGGAAGGAAGAAAAGGAAAGAAGACGGCGUGUGCGUUAGGGGGUGCGUGUACGAGGGUAGAACAGCGCCAAUAGAGAAGAACGGGCGAGACGAGUAAAGAAUCGAGCCGUGCGCCAUCUGCUGACGGAUCGAGCAGGCUCGAGCCACUUGGUUCUCCCCGAGAGAGUGAGAGCAGCGCAUAAUAGCCCGAAAGGAAAGCACCGUUCGGCGCCCAAAACGGUGUCUUUUCUUCGCGGAGGGCCUUUUUAUAAUCGCGUCAGAGCCCGUGUCUCGUUAAGGGCGGGUGAAAAAUAAUCGGUGAGUUCGUGCGACGAGAGCGAGUUAAAACUAGGAGCUCGAAGCUGGAGCGGUGCGUCGCGACGACGUUAACGGUGACGAAGAGAAAGAGGAGGAGGAGAAGGAGGAGAAGGAGGAGAAACUACGACGAUCCGUCACACGGCAACGUCCAGGGGAUGGUGCGUCGAAAACGAUGACGUAAAUUUACGAGGUGAACGGUGAAAAGGGGGAAAAAAAGAAAAACAAAGGGGAACCGGCGAGCGUGCGACGGAAGGGUGUGUUUCUCUCCGACGAGAAACUAAGAAGGAAGGAAAAGAGAAAUAAUUGGUGAGAAAGGAAGGAAAAGGAAAGGAAAAGAAAAGGAAAAUAUAAGAAGACAAGGGAGCGUUUUAUCGAGAGAAGAGAGGAGGAGGGUGUCGCGCGGUCGUCGAGUGUUUCGCGUCCGCGCGAGAAAUGAUCAAGGACGAGAAGGAAAGGAAGAGGAGGAAGAAGAGUUCGCUCGAGGGUGCUUCCUUCUUUGGUCUGCCGAAGGAGGAGGUGGGUAAUCGCGGCAAGCUUUCGCGAGGACGUCUCGCCGUUUCGGAGACGUGCCUUUACGCGAGUUUACUCUAGCUCGUUCGUGUUUUUUGAGAUGAGAGGUAUCGCUCGGGGUGUCUUCGCUCGUGAUGUGGUGAAUGGGGAGGAACGGUGGUGAGAUCGAUCUCUCUCAUACAGAUCGCUGGUGCGGAAGCAUUUUCGCGAGGAGACGUACUCGCGAAGGGAAAGGAAAGGGGGAGGGAGAGAGAGAGAGAGAGAGAGAGAGACGAAGCUAGUCGACGGCUUGAACGAGACCCACUGACCUAUCGACCCGCGAACGCGACUCUACCGUGGCGUCCCUCGUCGUAUCUCCCUUUCUUUAUUCGCUCGAUCGAAUCGCAGGAUUACUACAUUUCUCUUUCUCUUUCCCUUACACACAUCCUUCACGCAAGGAGAGAAGCGCGUCGAGUCGUUGCGCCUAUACAUUGACAACAACACAGCCACUACAACGACGACGGCGACGACGGCGACGACGGCGACGACAACAACAACGACAAAGUGAAUCGACGAGUCGUUCUUUGAACGAGACCCACUGACCCCUAUCGACUCUCACCGAGCGAUUUCUCCUUCCCUCUUUCUAUCCGUCCACCCUUCGAAUACAACCCUCCUCGUCGUCAUCAACGUCGUCAUCGCCGUCGUCGUGUUGGUUGAUCGUGCUCGCGUCCAGGACGUUCUCUUCCUUCCCUCUUCCCUUCCCUUCUCUCCUCCUCCUCCUCCUCUUCCUCCUCCUCUCCUCCAUCUCUUCUUCCUCCUCGUACCUUUCGUCCCCUUCCCCUUCAUCCCUUCUCAUCUAUCACGCUCGGUAUCGUUUUCAUCGGGUGCGUCGAACCUUUCGAAGUACCAACGUUUCGUCCCUUCGAGUAUAAGA